AUGAAUUCCAUUACCAAAGCCGUGCAGGUCGAAUCACGCAACACCAUGAACUCUGCAAUUGAUGAUUGGCAAACCGAUGACGAACAGACAAUUCCCACGCCUGGAGCUCAUACACCUCUCUUUGAGCGCAAAGAUCAACCAUUACCCCCAUUCGCUCAAUCCAUUCUCACUCAAUCACUCUCAGAUUUGGAGAACAUGGACUCUGAAAACAUUCCUUCCCCGAGCACGUUACGUCGUCUGAUGUUCUCAGCGGAAGAGGAAAAUGAUGUUCUAGGAAAGAUCCGCCCGCUCAUGCUUGGGGAACGGGAAGGAAAUUCCAGUCCAGUACAAUCACGACCUCAUCAGGUGAACAGAGGUUGGCCUCGUGGGGAACGACUUGAACGCACUCGCCUUGAUACGAGGAGGUGUGAGAAUACCGCAAAUGAUCAAAGCAGUGAAUUUUGA